ACCAAACCAAACUGGAGAUUAACAAACAGCCAUGAUCAGUCCUACUAUUACUAAUACUAAACCUUAUUUGAUUAAGCCCAAAUUAUGCAGUCUUCAGUCUGCUAAGAAGGUAAAGACUUAUUCUUCUUCUCUGGAUCGUCAAUGGAAUUUUUUGCAGAGAGCAGCAGCGGUGGCUUUGGAUGCAGUGGAGAGAAGGAUAACAGAGCAUGAACUCAGACACCCUUUUCCCAAAACAUUCGACCCACGAGUUCAAAUCUCCGGGAAUUUCGCUCCGGUGCCGGAAAACGCUGUCUGCCACGAACUCCCGGUCGCCGGGAACAUCCCGGAGUGCAUGAACGGCGUUUACGUGCGUAACGGUGCAAACCCGCACUUCGAGCCGGUCGCAGGGCACCACUUAUUCGACGGUGAUGGGAUGAUCCACGCCGUGAAGUUUGAGAAAGGCGCGGCCAGUUACGCGUGUCGAUUCACGGAGACAUGGCGGCUGGUUCAAGAACGUGCCCUGGGACGCCCUUUCUUCCCCAAAGCAAUCGGCGAGCUCCAUGGGCACUCUGGGAUAGCAAGAAUCCUCCUUUUCUUGGCCCGUGGAGCUUUCGGGCUCUUCGAUAGCAGCUCCGGCACCGGAGUUGCCAACACCAGUCUGGUUUACUUCAACAACCGCCUCCUAGCCAUGUCGGAGGACGAUCUGCCGUACCACGUCCACGUAACACCCUCCGGCGACCUGGAAACCGUGGAAAGAUACAAUUUUGACGGGCAAUUGAAGUCCAAAAUGAUCGCCCACCCGAAAAUCGACCCUGUUUCGGGCGAGCUCUUCGCCCUCAGCUACGACGUGAUCCACAAGCCUUACCUCAAGUACUUCAUGUUUUCCAAGAACGGGAAGAAAUCAGAAGACAUUGACAUCCCAGUCAAAGACCCCACAAUGAUUCACGACUUCGCCAUCACGGAGAAUUUCGUCAUCAUCCCAGACCAGCAAUUGGUGUUCAAGAUCUCCGAGAUGAUCCGCGAUGGCUCUCCGGUGGUCUACGACAAGAACAAAAUUCCCAGGUUCGGGGUACUCAACAAGCACGCUAAAGAUUCAGCUGAGAUACAAUGGAUAGAAGUGGAGAAUUGCUUCUGCUUCCAUCUCUGGAACGCCUGGGAAGAAACAGAGGACGAGAUUGUGGUAAUCGGAUCAUGUAUGACUCCGCCGGACUCAAUUUUCAAGGAAUCCGACGAAGGGUUGAAGAGCAUUCUAUCAGAAAUCAGACUAAACCUGAGGACUGGGAAGUCAACAAGAAAGUCAAUAAUUUCAGAAGAGGUGAAUCUGGAAACAGGAAUGGUGAACAGAAACAAGCUGGGGAGGAAAACGAGGUACGCAUAUUUAGCAAUUGCAGAGCCAUGGCCUAAAGUCUCUGGUCUUGCAAAAGUUGACCUUUUUACCGGAGAAUUCAAGAAAUUCUUUUACGGAGAUGAGAAAUACGGCGGCGAGCCGUUUUUCUUUCCUGGAGUUUCGAGUACGGAAGAAGAGGAUAGGUAUAUCUUAGCUUUUGUGCAUGAUGAGAAAAAAUGGAUAUCAGAGCUUCAAAUAGUCAAUGCACAUAGUCUUAAGCUGGAAGCAACUGUGAAAUUGCCCUCAAGAGUUCCCUAUGGUUUUCAUGGCACAUUUAUCACUUCCAGUGAUUUAUUGUCUCAGAAGUACUGAUUUGAUGUGGCAUUGGAGAGUCAUCAAAGUGAUGGUUGAUUGUAUAUAUCCUAUGUUUUGGAAGUUACAUACGUAGUAUAAUCUUUAUUACUACGUAUUACUAGUAGUAUUUUUGAGGCAUUGUAUAUUAGAUGUAAAUAGAAUUGCAGAUCAGUUGGGUUUUUUUCUUCAGGGGGCAUUGUAUAUUAGAUGUAAAUAGAAUUGCAGAUCAGUUGGGUUUUUUUCUUCAGAUCUUACGUACGAGUAGUAUUUUAUUUGUAAUUUGUUGGUCUGAACGGG